UUUCAAGCGAGCGGCCAUGGAGAAGCGUUCCAGGAGCCGAACGAGAACUUCCCAGAGCAAGGUCAGCCCCAAGAAGGUAUCUUCCGGCAAGGUAACCCGCAACCCUUUCCUAAACUUCCUGCGCGACUUCCGGAAGUCCAACAAGCACAAGUACGACGUAUGCGAGUUGACUAAAAAGGGUGCUCAGCUAUGGAGGGGGAUGACGGAGAGGGAAAAAUCGCCGUACGUCAACCUCUCGAAGCAGGCGCCCAGGUACAAGAAGACUAGGAAGAGGGGCAAGCGUAGGAGGAAGAAGAGGAGGAGGAGGAGGAGACGUACCAGAUCGCGUUCGUCGUCGGUCGCGACGGGUGAGAGCACCGACAGAUAUUCUUCUGAAAGACACAGGAGGAGGAAGAGGGAGGAAAGAAGGGAAGAAAGAAGGGAAGAAAGAAAGGAAGAUAAACGGAGGGAGGACAGGCACAGCCACAGCCGUGAAGGUGGUGGUGGUGGUGGUGGUGGGAAGGAGCAGAACAACAAGGGCCACGGGUAUAACCAUUCCAAUUCGAGAGAGAAGAGGAACGAAGAAUGUGAAUUGUACAAGAAUUCAAAUUACGAGGACACAAAGGACUUUAUUUAA